ACUUCACAAUUUCCCCUUUACUCUCUCUCUCUCUCUCUCUCUCUCUCUCUCUCUCUCUCUCCACACAAAACCUCACUUCAAAAAAUCCACACUUCGAUUCAUAGUUUUUCUCUGCAACGCCGAUUCCGAAAACCGCUUUUAUUUAUUCUCCGCCACCAUUCUCUUUCACGAUCAAUAACAAAAAAUUGGGGUUCUUAGGGUUUUUGAUUUUCUGCGACCCAAUCCCCUUUUUCCUCCGCUAAUAGUGCAUUUCGUUUUACAUUUCAUCUCAACCCUGAUUUGAAAUUAGGGUUCAUAGAUUUGGGGCUAAUUUUUUGUUGAUUAAGAAAACUAAUUAAAUCGUUGAAGAUGUAUGCUGAUCGGGUGGAAAGUGGAGCGAGGAGGUCGGUGAAGGAGCGUCUCGACGGGAGCAUCAGUGUAUCUACUCGGCAGCAACGCCAAGUUGGCGGCAAGAGGCCGAGGCAGGAUGACAAGUGGGAACAUGAUCUGUAUGAUGAUGAUGAACAACCCCAGACCACUAAUCGCAAAGUUACUGGUCAAGAUCUUCGUCAUAAGCUUCAAAAGAAAGGUCUUCAACCUGCAACUAGGCCUGGAAAAAGUUCUGCUCCAAACAUCCGAGAUCUCCGCGAAAGACUAUCAGGGACAAUGAAUUCACAACCUAAAAACUCCGAUCCACCGAAGUCAAAAGUGAUUGCUAAACCGAGCAAUACAAGUGUUGGCACUGAGGCUCCUGCAGUCAAAAGACCAGCUAACCCAGCUCCUAAAAAGGCACGGAAGGCUGAUAUUACAGUGGAUGAUUUUUUGCUGUCCUUGGGUCUCGAAAAGUAUCUCAUAACUUUUCAAGCUGAAGAAGUUGAUAUGGCAGCUCUCAAACAUAUGAAUGAUGAGGACCUCAAGGUCAUGGGUAUACCAAUGGGUCCAAGAAAGAAGAUACUUUUAGCAUUGGAGUCAAAACUCUGACACUGUUGGAAUUGAUGUUGUUAGCUAUGGGUGGACCUUAUCCUUGCAGACAAUGGGGGAAGAUGGAUUAGCAUAUGAAAACUAAGUGUAAUAGCAUGUCAUUAUGACUAUUUUCAUUUUUCUUGUUUUACUUCCCCUAUUUUUUAGACAUGAAUCAGGUUAGUUUUGUAGUUUAUUUGGCAAAACCCUCCAUUCUCCUAGAUCUCUUAAUUGUACUUAAAUAUUAAUGGGUUUCAAUGUAGUUUACCUUUUGAAUUAGUCCAUGGUUUAACUUUAAA